UCCCUGGGCGCCUCCCCGACGUCCGCCACCUCCCGGCCAGCAGGUCCGCGCUCCGACGACCGCCGCGGCGCAGCUCCGGAUCCGCGGGUUCACUACCCUCGCGUCAGGGAGAUAACAUGUGGCUCUGGCUGGCCCUACUCCUGUGGGUUCCAGUUGGUGGGCAACAGGACCCCACGAAGGCAGUGAUCACCUUGCACCCACCGUGGGUCGAUGUGUUCCAAGAGGAAGCAGUGACCCUCUGGUGUGAGGGGCCGCGUGCGCCUGGCGACAGCGCCACCCAGUGGUUCCUCAACGGCACAGCCCUUCAGACCUCGUCCCCCAGCCACAGCAUCACCAAUGCCCACGCCAGUGACAGUGGGGAAUACACUUGCCAGACCGGACUGUCUGUACCAAGCGAGCCGGUGCAGCUGGGCGUGCACAGAGAUUGGCUGCUGCUCCAGGUCUCUGGCAGAGUCUUCACUGAAGGGGAGCCACUGACCUUGAGAUGUCACAGCUGGAAGAAUUUACUGAUACGCAAAUUGCUUUUCUAUCAAAAUGGCACGAUAUUUAAGUUUUCUUUUCAGGAUUCUGAACUGACCAUUCCAAAAGCCAACCUGAGUCAUAACGGCAUUUAUUACUGUUCGGCCAUGGGAAGGCAUCGUUACACAUCAGCUACAGCAUCUGUUACUGUAAAAGAGCUGUUCCCAGUUCCGGUGCUGAGGGCAUCCCUGCCAUUCCCCAUCCUGGAGGGGAGUCCGCUAACACUGAGCUGUGAAACCAAGUUGGUCCCCGGGCAGCCUGCUUUGAGCCUUGUCUUCUCCUUCUUCAUGGGCAACAAGACCCUGCAGGACAGGAAUGCGUCCUUGGAAUACCAGAUCCCAAAGGCUGGGCAGGAGGAUUCUGGUGCCUACUGGUGCGAGGCAGCCACAGAGGACAAAAGAGUCGUGAAGCGCAGCUCCGCCUUGCAGGUGCAAGUGCUUGCCCCCCAGUCACUAUCUCGCGUCUGGUUUCAUGUACUUUUGUUUCUGGCAAUUGGAAUGUUAAUUUUCUUCAGCGCCUGUCUCUGUUCAAUGAUAUGUAAAGAACUACAAAGAAUGAGGACGCAGAAUUUACAAAUCCCUAUGUCUUCUGGUCCCGUGAAGAGUAUAACUUCCUACCUUCAAAAUUACAGACAAUUAGAGGAGGAAUUGAAGAGUCAAGAAUUAGAAGAAGAACUGCAAGAGCGAGGCCACCCACAGCCCCAGGGGGCAGAGGGGCAGCACACGUAGAUCCGGCAGUCGCCCAGGCCCUCCCGACCACUGGGUUAGCACUGGUGCAUGCAAGCCAAAAAGUUGAAUGUCUCUUGACCUGAGGGUUCUGUGGCUUAUCACUCUUAAACAGAGCAAUUAAGUAGCCUGACUUUAACUGAUACUAAUUUGGGAACUUGGUAAUCAAGGAUGCUUUGGAAAUGAAAUCUGAAAAAAUAUUUAAUAGCUUGGAAGUCACGGCUAGCCUGUUAGAUGACUUUAAAAAGAGUGUGUUUUUGAAAAUAGGGUAGAAAUGUGAAUGUGUGCAUAUGUACAAGAGAUUCAGACACAGAAGGAUCUAGUGAAAGAGAGUAAAGGAGACUGAGGAAAGGGAGGGAGCCUCUUAGCUGGAAGUCAGUGGGGACUAAGUCAGGGAGCAAAGAGGGGCUAGAGCCUCCAGAUGACUUCCCAGGGACUGUGCGGAUGAAAACCCCCCACAGCUCUGUGUUCAGGAUAGCAGCAAUUCCACAACUCUUCCCUUUCAGUCCCUGACAGGGAUGCUUCCAUAGGUGUUGGGCAGACACAAAGGGGUCCCUGGGGAUGCGAAAUGGUGUAUCAGCCUUGUUUCAUUGGAGGUGUCACAUAAUCUCCCCAAGUUCAGAGGCAGGAGGGCCUGCCCGCAUCCCAGGCCAGCCCUGGAGCAGACAGAACA